CACUGUUUCACGAUUACACAAUUAUCUCAUUAUGUUAUACAACAACUGAAUGUAUAAUAUUAUUAUUAUAUAAUGUUAUUCUUUUCAAUAAUCGCCUAAUUAGUAUGGCUAACAGAGCCAGCGUGACUAGGAUGAUCUAAUGAUGACAUGGCAAUUAAUUUUAAAAAAGCGUGGCUGAGCUUUAUUAAAAAGAGCAUUCGAAAAAAAAAAAAAAAAAAAACAGAGCAGGAGGGAAAUUUGUACAGUACGUAAUCUUUCAGAGAAGACAGUGCUGUAACGGUGAGACGUCUCCAUCGAUGAGAACAGAGUGAGAAAAACAAGGCCUUUUUAAUUGGUGAAGCAAGCAGCUUAAGAGGAGAGGCCGGGCCAAAAGAAGCCUCGACAAUCAUUAAUGAUUAGGGCUUAAAGCGAAUUACUCUCGUGUUUCUUGCCAAUUACCAGAACAACAGUCCGGCUGCAAAAAGCCCUCAUUAACCUGGCUGCCGCGAUUAUGGGAGAGGAUAUUGAAUGCUGCUAUGGCUGUUUGCACAGAGACGCUUAUGGACCUGAGCCAUGAGCACUGUGUCCACACACAAGCCCCCACUCGCCAAAGGUUAACCAACUUCCCUUCCAUGCAUUAAACACAUAUGGAUAUAUGGAUGGAUGGAUGGAUAGCUAGAUGGAGAGAGAGGGGGAGAGAGACAGAGAGAGACAGAGGACAGAGAGAGUGGUGACAAAGAGAGAGAGAGAAACAAAUAAGGGAAAGGGAGAUUGUUGCAUAGUUGGGUCUCUGGAAAGUAGGCAUGUUUAUCUUUUUACGGUGGCAGGUGGGGAGGGGCUGGAGACGGGGCUGGGGCUAGAUGUGGCGAAGCAGGUGAGGAGUGUGCAGCUCAGGUCGCUCCCUACGGAGCGAGAUUUGAUUUGGUAUGUGUGUGUGUGUGUGUGUGUAAUAGAGAGAUAGCGAAUGUGUGUGCGCGUGUGUGUGUAUGAGAGAGUAUGAUCUUCAAACACAGCAUGAGACUGGCAGAGCCAUAGCAGCAGGGUUCCCUUGAGGCGAACACACGGCACACACGCACGGUCAUGAAAAACGUGACCACCUCCACCUGUGUCACCAGUCUUGAGUCUGCACCCCCGUGAAAGCUCCGCUUGGAACCUGGAUAUGAAAUUUUGCAUUCAGGAAGUUAGGUCUACAUUUUAUGAAGCAUUAGUUUAAAUGAAGAUAAUUAACUUUUUCAGAAGUCUACGCAAAUGUAGCGAACAGACCUUCAAGACAUUUUUUAAAAUAAUUUUCAUCGAACAGUUGUCUGAACGACGGACUUAAACAGCGACGCUACUUAAGUGCAAGAUGAUGCCAACGCAGCGGGAAGAUGAGGAAAAGCUGUGAGGGAAACCUCACUCAAAAACACUAAGGAUAUUUGGACCUCCCCACAGGGAAACUACUACAGAGCUGAACGAUAUUGGUGGAAGCAUUUCAUAGAAUUAUUGAGGACUGACACACACAGACACACAUCAGCACAAACCACACAACCACGCGUGUUGUCUGGCUGGGUGAAACAAACAAAGGCCACACAUCAACACAAGUACGUGUGCCGUUUCUCUCUCUGUCUUGGUGUCCUAAUGGAGUCAUUGAGUGCCACAGUGUACGCUGUCCUCAUGAUCUGCUCCAGCGCCUGCUGCGUGUGUGGCAACACCAUGCUCCUGCUCUUGGUGCUGCUCAACAAGAGCCUGCGCACCUCCGACACCUGGCCCCUCACCUGCAGCUUCUGCCUGUGCGACCUGGCCUUGGGGGUCUUGGUCAUCCCGCUGGGCGCCCACACCAGCCUGCUCCGGCCGCAGGGCUACCCCAGCGAGGGCGCGCUGUGCCAGGCCGCCGCCUUCCUCUUUGUGCUGCUGCAGCUGGCCUCCGUUCACUCACUCACCUGGGCUACGGUGGACAAGUUCACGGAGGUGUGCUUCGCGCUGAGCUACACCAGCGUGUUCACCGCGCGCCGAGCGUGGGGCGUGCUGGCGGCCGUGUGGACCUACUGCCUGCUCAACGCCGCGCUGCCGCUGCUCGGCUUCGGGAGCUACAGCUACAGCGGCGGCCGCUACAUGUGCGUGCCCAGCUUCCGGAGCUCGUGCGUGGGCUUCAACGUACUGUUCCUGGGCCUGGGCAUCAUCGUGCCCAUCCUGGCCAUGUGCGGCCUGUACGGCUACAUCGUCUACGUGGCCAAGAAGCAGGCGCGCAGGGGCACAUUUGUGUGCAACGAGCAGCACUGCUUCUACGUGCCGGCUAACAACUACCUGCGAAGCUCCAUCGUCCUGGUCGCCACCGUAGUGUGUCUGCUGGUGUGCUGGCUGCCCUACAUUGUGAUGUGCUUCUAUGAGUCGUUCACGGGGAGAGAGAGCCCGGACCCGGCCUCUGCUGUGGCCACAUGGCUAGUGCUCUUCACCGCCGCACUCAACCCUUGGAUCAACUCCAUGACCCAGGCGUAA